AUGUCCGGAGUCAUCAGCAAGCGCCAGCAGGCGCGUAACGAGAAGCAGCUGCAAGAACUGGUUCAGACUAUAACGGGCAAUAAUAUCUGUGCCGACUGCUAUGCGCGCAACCCAGCAUGGGCGUCUUGGAGCUUGGGCGUAUUCCUCUGCAUGCGAUGUGCAACCAUUCACCGGAAGCUCGGCACCCACAUAUCCAAAGUGAAAUCACUGAGUAUGGAUAGUUGGUCAAACGAACAAGUCGACAAUAUGCGCAAAGUCGGCAAUGUCGCUUCCAAUCGAAUAUACAACCCAGACAACAAGAAAGCCCCUGUACCAGUCGAUGCCGACGAGGCUGAUUCGGCCAUGGAGCGUUUCAUACGACAAAAGUACAUGCACAAUGUCGCAGCUCAGACCAGCAAGCCAAGAAGCCCGAUAUCCGACGAGGGCACUCCACCCCCGCCGCCGCCAAAGAACUCCAAGUUUGGCUUUCGCGCAGCGUUUUCACGAUCCAAAAACGUACUCGACAAAUCACCCAACGGCUAUGCGCCGGCCUCACCCCCGUUAACCAACAAGCCAUCGAAGGUCUUUGGCGCCACUGUAGACUAUGAAGCUCCGGAUGACACGGAAAAGAAGUUGGCGAAGCUACGAGACAUGGGCUUCCAAAAUGAUCAGCGAAACUUGAUUGUCCUUAAGGGGGUAAGUGGCAACGUUGAGCGGGCUGUCGAAGCCCUGGUGCGACUUGGUGAAGGAGAUCAACCUCCACCUGCGCCGCCGAAGGAGAAGACCCUUCGCGCCACGAGAUCCCUCACCCCAAUGAUGCCCAACUCGGUCGGACUUACAGGGGGCUUGAGUGUCGUCAAACGAUCCGAGACUGACCGUCCGACAACAUCUUCGACUACGUCCACGAAUCCGUUUGACAUGCUGAACCGCGCACAACCUCAAACAGCACACUCUACGGGCUCGUUGCAAAACACGAAUGCCUACACUGCCCCUACGAAUCCUUAUGGCUUCCUGUCUGCGCAGGCCAGUCCUAUUGACCAGGCCUUCCAAAAUCUGACGAUCUCUCGGCAGCAGACGGGGGCUUCUUCAAACGGGACUGGAUUCUCGGUGCCAAUGCCGCCACUGCCGCAAACGUACGGGCACUCUGCGCCAGCCAGCCCGCAACCGCAGCACGGAUUCGGGUUGUCUAGCAAUGCAAGCUUGCCAGUUCAUGCACAGCAGCAGAGCAGCUUGCAGCCACAGCAGACCGGGUACAAUCCAUACUUUUCGCAGCCGGGACAUGCCAUGCCACAGCACCAGUACCAGCCACAGUUUUCUGCGCAGCACGGCAUGACGCUGAACAUAAACCAGAUGGGUGGACAGAUGGCUUCGAACCCGUUUCUGCGAUCACCGACGCGAGUAGCGUCACCGCCACCGCUGGGUCAAAUCUCCGAGACGGCGACUUUCAGCACUUCACCUCUGCCACUUGCCUCACCUGGGACAAACCCAUUCUUUGCUGCGCAGUCGAGUAUGCCAUCGCCCGGCGCUCAGCAGCAGCAGCAGCAGUAUAUGCAACCACAGCAACAUGUGCAAUAUAUGCAGCCGCAGCAACAUGUGCAGUAUAUGCAACCGCAACAACAUGUGUACCAGCAGCAGCCACAGCAGCCACAGCAGCCACAGCAACAGCAACAGUACGCGCAGCAGCCAUUCCAGCAGCAAGUAUUUCAGCAACAGCAAAUGUUCCAGCCGCAGCAAAACCAUCAGCAACAUUUUGCCCCACGGCACGACAAGGCAUCUAUCAUGGCUCUGUACGGUCAAUCGCCAAAGCCGCAACUGCAAUCUCAAGCGCAGAGCAUCCCGGAGAAUCAGGCUGUGAGUGCGUUUGCAGCGCCGACCAUGCCUGCAACAAUACAGCAACCACGCAGCGCAUCACAACCGCUACCUGGAACCAAUCCAUUUGCGGCCAGCAUGCAGCCGGCUCCCGCUCCGACGGCAGCCGCUGCGACGGACGCAUACAAGACUGGGCGGCAAAUCAGCCGCGAAAGCAUGAAUCUGGGGCUAGACAUGGCGUGGACUAACAAUGGGCGGCACAGCCCUGAUGCUUUUGCAAGCCUGAGCGCGCGGCAUGUAUGA